AUGUCUCUCCUAACCGCGGGUGCAGGCGCAAAGAGCGCUCCAGACGAGCUGGUCUUCUACGUGAAUGGCCGGCGGGUAGUAGAGAAGAAUGCUGAUCCUGAGCAGAUGACGCUGUCUUAUUUGAGGAAAAGACUCCGUCUCACAGGUAUCAAGUACGGCUGUGGCGGAGGUGGAUGUGGCGCAUGCACUGUGAUGAUCUCAAGAUACGAGCCAGUUGCUAAGAAGAUCAUUCAUUAUUCCGCCAACGCGUGCUUGCUUCCCUUAUGCUCACUGUAUGGCUGUGCCGUCGUCACCGUGGAAGGAAUUGGAAGUACAAAAACCAGGAUUCACCCAGUUCAGGAACGGAUAGCGAAAAGCCAUGGCUCUCAGUGCGGCUUCUGCACCCCAGGAAUGGUCAUGUCCAUCUAUGCGUUACUGCGCAACGAGACGGAACCCUCCACGGAACAAAUCACCGAAGCUCUGUCAGGGAAUUUGUGUCGCUGCACUGGCUACAGGCCCAUUAUAGAUGGCAGUAAGACCUUCUGUAGGGAAUCAAUUUGCUGCCAAAAUAAGGAAAACAAGGGCUGCUGCUUGGAUGAAGAAGAUGGUUUACCUUUGUUACCAAUCAAGGAAAGAAAGACUUGCACAGGGUUGUUUGCAGCAGAAGAAUUUCAGCCUUUGGAUCCCACCCAGGAGCUGAUAUUUCCUCCAGAACUCAUGCGAAUGGCAGAAUGUCAAACCGCACAAACUCUUGUUUUCUGUGGGGAAAGAACUACAUGGAUUUCUCCUGUAAAUCUCAAGGAACUUCUGGAACUGAAAGCCAAGUACCCCCUGGCACCUCUCGUAGUAGGGAAUACUUGUGUGGGACCGGAUAUGAAAUUGAGAGGUGUAUUUCAUCCACUUAUCCUUUCACCCAAUAGGAUUUUGGAUCUGCAUGUGGUGAAACACACAGAGGAAGGGCUACUAUUCGGAGCUGCCUGUAGCCUUACCUUGGUGAAAGAUGUUCUGACAAACGCCAUUUCAAAGCUUCCAGCGGAGAAAACGAAGAUAUUUCGUGCCCUUUUACAACAGUUAAAAACUCUGGCUGGACAGCAGAUCCGAAAUGUAGCUUCUUUUGGAGGAAAUAUUAUAAGUAGAAGUCCAACAUCGGACAUCAAUCCUGUUCUAGCUGUUGGAAACUGUAUCCUCAACGUGGCAUCGCAAGGGAGAAUGCGACGGAUUCCUGUGAGUGACCUUUUUGCCGAUGGGCUUGGAAACAAUACUCUGGAACCAGAAGAGAUCCUAGUGUCCGUUCACGUUCCACAUUCCAUCAAAGGAGAGUUUGUAUCAGCCUUCCGACAAGCCCAGCGGCGGGAAAACGCUUUACCGAUAGUUAACGCGGGGAUGAGAGUCCUUUUUGAAGGCGACUGUGACACCGUUAAAGACAUCGGCAUCUUUUACGGAGGCGUGGGCUCCACUACGCUCGCUGCAAAGCAAACCUGCCAGGCGCUUAUUGGGAGACCUUGGAAUGAGCAGCUGUUGGAUGAAACUUGCAGAAGAUUACUGACGGAAAUUUGUCUCCCGAGCUCAGCUCCUGGUGGCAAAGUGGAAUACAGAAGGACUCUCAUUGUUAGUUUCAUGUUCAAAUUCUACCUGGAGGUGCUGCAGUCACUGAAAAUAAUGUAUCCCAGUCGCUAUCCUGAUAUUCCAGAGAAUUAUUUGAGUGCCCUUGAGCAUUUCCACUCCAAAAUACCUCAGAGUAUGCAAAUAUACCAGGAUGUGGAGUCAGGCCAACCUCCCCAAGACCCGGUGGGCCGCCCCAUCAUGCACCAGGCCGGUCUUAAACACGCCACAGGGGAAGCCAUUUACUGUGAUGACAUCCGGGCUGUGGAUGAAGAACUCUUCCUGGCUCUAGUGACCAGUUCCAAAGCCCAUGCAAAGAUUGUAUCAAUAGAUGCUUCAGAAGCCCUCCAGAUGCCUGGCGUGGUCGACGUUGUCUUCGUUCAGGAUGUUCCAGCCACUAAUGAGUUCUAUAACUACGAUGUCCCGGAAAUUAUAUUUGCCCGUGAAAAGGUGACUUGCAUGGGUCAGAUUGUUGGUGCCGUGGUUGCAGAUUCUGAUGUCCAUGCUAAGCGGGCAGCUGCCAAAGUGAAGAUUCAGUAUGAACCAGAGGAGCCUGUCAUCCUGACCAUAGAGGAGGCGAUAGAGCACAACUCAUUCUUUGAACCGUUAAGAAAACUGGAACACGGGGAUGUGGAGAAAGCCUUUAAAACUGUCGACCACAUACUGGAAGGUGAGAUCCUUAUUGGGGGACAGCAGCAUUUUUACAUGGAAACUCAGAGUAUUCUUGCGGUUCCGAAAGGGGAAGAUAAAGAAAUGGACAUCUAUGCAUCAGUUCAGCAUCCAGCAUUUGUACAGGAGUUGGUGUCAUCAUGUUUAGGUGUCCCAAGAAAUCGGAUUAUGUGCCACGUGAAAAGAAUUGGAGGGGCUUUUGGCGGGAAACUGAUUAAAACCAGUCAGUUGGCUUGUGUGACUGCCGUGGCCGCCAACAAGACAGGCCAUGCGGUUCGCUGCAUUCUGGACAGAGGCACUGAUGCGUUAUUCUGUGGAGGUCGGCACCCUGCCACUGGCAAAUACAAAAUCGGCUUCCUGAAUAAUGGCAGGAUUUUGGCUAUGGAUGUCAGUGUGUUUUUGAAUGGAGGGUGUACUCCUGAAGAUUCCAUUUUGGUUGCAGAGAUAGUCCUAUUAAAAAUGGAUAAUGCCUACAACGUCCCGAAUGUACGAGCUUCCGUUCGUGCUUGCAAGACAAACCUGCCAUCCAACACAGCUUUCCGGGGAUUUGGCUUCCCACAAGGGGGAUUGGUUACCGAAGCCUGGGUAACACGUGUGGCGGCCAGAUGUGGUUUAUUACCAGAGCAGAUUAGGGAAAUAAAUAUGUAUAAAGAAAAUGGACUAACACCUUACAAACAAGAGUUCAAGUCCCAGAACCUGCUUAGGUGUUGGAAUGAAUGCAUGGAGAAAUCUGCCUAUUACAUCAGAAGAGCAGCUGUGGAUGAAUUCAACAAGCAAAAUUACUGGAAGAAAAAAGGGAUUGCCAUUAUACCUAUGAAGUUCCCAGUUGGUUUUACCACACGCGUUCUAGGUCAGGCUGCCGCUCUGGUUCAUUUAUACACCGAUGGAUCCAUGCUCCUGACACACGGCGGCGUAGAAAUGGGACAAGGACUUCACACCAAAAUGAUCCAGGUUGCUAGCCGAGAAUUAAAGAUGCCAAUGUCAAAUAUUCACUUUUGUGAGACGAGUACGACAACAGUCCCCAACGCCUGUGCUUCAGUGGGAUCUAUGGGAACUGAUGUCAAUGGAAUGGCAGUGAAGGGUGCCUGCCAGACUCUUCUGAAGCGCCUCGAACCUGUCAUUUCUCAGAAUCCUAAGGGCUCUUGGAAAGAAUGGGCUAAAGAAGCUUUUGAACAGAGCAUUAAUCUAUCAGCAACAGGUUAUUUCAGAGGUUAUGAAGCAAACAUUGACUGGGAGAAAGGGGAAGGCCAUCCAUUUGAAUAUUUCAUUUUUGGAGCCGUUUGCACCGAGGUUGAAAUAGAUUGUCUGACUGGAGAUCAUAAGAACGUCAGAACAGACAUUGUAAUGGAUAUUGGCUGCAGUAUCAAUCCUGCAAUGGAUAUAGGUCAGAUCGAAGGUGGCUUUGUUCAGGGUCUUGGACUUUACACAAUAGAGGAAAUCAAAUUCUCUCCAGAAGGAAUCCUCUACACACGGGGUCCAGAUCAGUAUAAAAUCCCUGCAGUAUGUGAUAUCCCUGAACAUUUUGGUGUCUCCUUGUUGGCCUCUUCCCAAAGCACAACAGCAAUCUACUCAUCCAAGGGCCUUGGUGAAUCAGGGCUUUUCCUGGGAUGCUCCGUAUUUUUUGCAAUAUGGGAUGCAGUGGCUGCAGCAAGAAGAGAAAGGGGAUUGUCUGGGGACUUUGGGCUGAAUAGUCCCCUGACCCCUGAACGCAUCCGAAUGGCCUGUGUGGACCAGUUUACCAAAAUGAUCCCAAAGGAUGAAAAGCCGACUCUUUCUUGGUCCAUCUCCCUGUAAAAGUGAAUCAGGAACAGAUGCAAAGGACCUACAG